AGCAUAUAAGUAUAACUUUACCGAUAAUAGGGAGAGAAGGGAGUGGCUAACCUUUAAUGCUAGCAACGAAUGGAUCUAUCCGUGCGACGUUGCAGAAGUUUGGUUAGAAUCGCCAUUUAGUCAUGAAGACUCUUCAAAAUUAUGCGAUCGCUGUCGCAAUAUUGACCUAAAUGCCACUCUCUCUUCGUUACAUGAACCAAAGGACGGUUGUGAUCUCUGUCAACUCCUCCUCAAACCCCUCGAGGAGGCCAGGAACAAGGAGCCCAAGACGCCACUUCUUGAAGCUCGGCAAUACGUAAGGAUCUGUGCUGUGCCAAAGCCCCAAGAUGACUCUAGAAGGUCAAAUUCAAUCCAACCCGGUCUUCCCGGAUUUCUACAGGAUAGCGAGCUCCAUUUCAAGCUAAUCAAGGAAUGGAUUCGACUUUGUGACGAAGGCAAAUGCUCGCAAGACCGUAGACCCUGUCCCAAGCCCGAUAGAGCUCGAAUGCCAACCCGCGUCAUUGAUGUGGGAGAUGGCUACCCCAUGCUCUUUUUGAGAGACAAAGACAAAAUAAGUCAAGGAGCACACUACGUUGCUCUAUCCCAUUGCUGGGGCAAGCCACCAGGAAAACAGGAGGAAACAACAAAAGAACAGAAGGAGCCAUCAAAAGAACUGGGGAAGAACUGGAACUGGAGUACUACUACCAGCAACAAGGAGAAGAGAGCGCAAGGAUUCCUGAUUACAGAAUUGCCGCAGACAUUUCAAGAUGCAAUUGAAGUCACUCGAAAACUCGGCCAGCGAUACCUUUGGAUCGAUUCGCUUUGUAUUAUUCAAGGCGAGAACGGGGACUGGGAAACCGAAGCCAAGAAGAUGGAAGCGGUCUUCAAGAAUGCUUAUUAUACGAUUGCUGCCACCUCUGCUGAAGACUCAAACAAAGGAUUUCUCAACCGGGCGCUGGAAAAGAAAGAUUCGCAAUAUGUGACAGUGCCCAAUUCCUCACACGGCAAAGUCUACGUUUGCACAUCAAUCGACGAUUUCCAUAGCGACGUAGAAGAGGGGGAACGAGCCUUGUCACGCCGAAUGAUCCAUUUCACGAAGAGGCAAACAUAUUGGGAGUGUGGCGGUGGGGUGCGUUUCGAAACGCUUACUUAUAUGAAGAAGUAA